AUAUAAAGAUGGUCAAAACCACGGGAGACGUUUGAAUCAUACUAUACACAAGUACGGUCGUGGAUUUCCAACAUCGAGAAUGCUUCAGCUAUCCAAUGCUCCGGACAUUGACGAAGACGACGGUGUGCAUGGUCCUGUAGGAGGAAACAAGUCUUCGCCUCCGUUCACCUUAUUUGAAACAAUGUCCAUAGACGAACGAGCCAAGAUGUUUAUAGGGUCUUUGUUUGAAUACCUUGGUAUCAAGCUGUUUGUAUCCGAGCAAUAUUUUAUGCUUGAAAGCACUCUAAGCUGUAGUGGAACAUCUCCAAAGUGGGCACUGCAAUUUGAUAUGAUCAAAGGGAUUGUGAGAGAGCCAGGCCGAUUGAUUGUACAUAUACCACCCAAAAAUUCCAUCUUAUCGAUACCGGAAUGGCAUAGAAACAGCCAUCCAAUUCUUUGCUUUAUUGAUGCUGUAUAUGUAUGUAGAAGAUGGUCUAGUCGGCUACAUCAGGACGCAUUUUCAGACGUACUCGGAGGCUCGGAAUCAAAGCUUACGACUCACUUGCGUGCCAUGUUGAUAGCUGGUCUUAGUGUGCUCAGCAUUGCUAGUGGCCACCAACUUGUCGACAAGUUGGUUCAGGCUAUUUUAGCUGAUAAACCAGAACCCAUCAAAAAUAGCGUACCUGUUGCCAUACCAACAGAUUGGCAGGUUUUGAAUCGAAUCAAGUGCGGAUGCAGUUCGAAAUUUUUUCAUCGUCCAUUAUCAGCAGUAGCUGCUGCUAAAGCUGUUGGGAUUGAUAUUUGGAUGGAUCGACCAAUGGAAACAGUAACCAGAGUGUGGGACUUGCACUGUGAUGCACUGAUAAGAAACAUUGAUGCUACUAAGGUCAUCUUCAUAACACACAGAUGGAGUGAUGGUGAGAUAGAAUAUGCUGACAUUAUGGAAAGAAGAUCGAACCAACCUGGUCCAAUUAGUGGUAUGUCGGAAAAGCUGCGAAGGAUCCGAGAUGCCUUGUUCACUCAUACUCGUUACAUUUUGAUGGAUACAAUCUGCAUUGACAAAUCCAAUCUCUCUGAGCUCGACGAGGCUAUUCGAUCAAUGUACAAGUGGUAUGCUAGCUGUCGGGCGGUCGUUUUGGAUUCUGGCACUCCUCUUGCGGUAUGGCGCGAGAGAGGUUGGUGCUUACAAGAAGGAGCUGCAGCUGGAGUCCUAUGUGGAAUAUCGGAUGAUGGAAAUCUUGUUUCGAUAAAACAACUGGCAGUCGAGCAGAAGCAAGAGCUUUGUACACUGGAUCUUCAUCUAUACUAUCGAGCAGGAAAUGCAGCUGAGAUAUUGGCAAGAAUGGAUGCACGAGCAACGACAAGGAAAGAAGAUAUGACGUAUGCAUUGACGGGUAUAUUAUCGGUACACUUGACAUUGGCAUAUGGUGAAGGCUUAAAGUCUCGAGAGAGGUUGCUAUACGAGCUCGCAAUCCAAAAAGGCGAUUUGUCAUUUUUGAGUUUUUCCAUUACAAAAAAAAUCACUGGCAAUCACCUACCGGCUAUAUCAGAUACCAAAUUUUUGAUCGCCAGAUGUGUGCAGGCUGCGACACCUUCAACGGUUAGUCAUUUGGGAAUAUCCAUUGUAGUGCAGCUCAUUAGCGGAAUUGCACAGAAGACAUUACUAGAUAAUUUGGGUCGUUGGUAGGUCCUCAGGUUUGCUAAAGGCAAGUAUUUGGGAAUAGACGAGUUUAUCAAAACAGCGGAAAAAUCUAAAAUCAAAGCCUCCACAUCUUUGGAAGUGGCAAUUAUACAAAACAUAAGAUCCAUCAUGCUGGUGGAGAUAUAUGGUACAGACCGA